CCGAGCAGAACGUCCCGAGCAGUGCAGCACUCCUCCACCUGCUAGCCGGCCUCUUCCCACCGCCCCCAAAUUCUACCGAGCAGCUCGACCGGCUAACCCAUGGCGCAUACCCUCGCCGCCGUUGCCUCCUUCUCGCCCUCCGCCGUCCGCCGGCGGCUCUCCAGCCAGGUGACUAAUGUGAUUUCUAGCCGGAGCUCCGUUUCCUUCCAUAGCCAGAACAUGAGCUUUGUAUCCAUCAGUUCAAGGCCAAGUCAGCUUCGGUUCAAGAUUUGUUGUUCGGCCACGGAAUCGGCACAGGCCAAGAAAGAGACAGUCGACAAGGUUUGUUCAAUUGUCAAGAAGCAGCUGGCAGUCCCUGACGGGACUCCUGUCACUGCGGAGUCGAAAUUCUCUGAACUUGGUGCUGACUCACUCGAUACGGUUGAGAUUGUGAUGGGCCUCGAGGAAGAGUUCAACAUUACUGUCGAUGAAACAAGCGCUCAGGACAUUGCGACCGUGCAGGAUGCAGCGAACCUUAUUGAGAAGCUUGUGACAGAGAAGACUGCAUAAGCACCUCGAUUCAAUCAACGGCCCCUUUAUAAUUCAAAGGUGUCGCUCGGAUCUCUGGACUUCUGAUUUUCGGUCGCAUUUGGGGCGAGAGAAAAUAUUUUAUGGCCAGCUUUGUAUUCAGCAUGUGUUGUAUGUUCAUUACCCAUUUGUUCUUCUUUCAUCUACCUAAAUAUUUUGUGUGUUGCUGCUGCCAAGGGUUAAUUAUCCAAAGGCUUCAUGAAACAAGUUAGGACUGCCAGUUUGAAUUCAGAUAUGUUGUACUAUUAUAGAGAAUCUUAUGGACCUAUGAAGAUUGGAGAGUCACUGCA